ACUAUCUUUAGAUAAAAGAAGAACUGGCAAUCCAGCAACAGAUGGCAUAGCCCCCACAGAAGUUGUCUGGAAGGCAGAGAGGCAGAAGCAAGUUUGCGGAGAUUGAAGCAACCAAGGCAGCUAAUGUCUGUGGAAGAACUGUAUCAAGUCCUGCCAAAGGAGAAUUCCCAGAGGAGCAACUGAGCAAGGAAGCAGUGACCAAUGGUUUUGUGAUGACUGUCAGCAGCCUCCUCCCACUCACUGGACUAGCAUAAAAAAUCCAGAAAACUCUUGUUUGCAGAAGCAUCAGAUGAGUGUGGUGUAAGGUGGAGGGGCCAGUGCCUGAGAUCUGCAUGUAGCCUGGGGAAGGAAGGCUGUGACUGUCUCUCCAGAGGAGCCCAACCAGCUCACCAUCCAGCACAGUGUGUCCACUGAUCCUUCCAGCUAACAUGUGCUGCCUGAAGCCCUACUACUUCAUCUUCCUCAUCCUCCUGGCAUCUGACUGCAUGGACUCGGUGAGAAGCUUGUUUCCAUUUGGGCAACCUGAAUUUUCCUAUAAGAGGACCAACUGCAAAGCCAUCCCUGAAACUCUGGUGCUAUGCCAUGACAUUGAGUACCCCAACAUGAGGCUGCCCAACCUCCUGGGCCAUGAAACUAUGAAGGAAGUCUUGCAGCAAGCCUCCUCCUGGAUCCCCCUGAUACAGAAGCAAUGCCACCGUGAUACCAAGAAAUUCCUCUGCUCCCUCUUUGCCCCUGUGUGCAUUGAUGAUCUGGAUGAGACCAUAAAGCCCUGCAGGUCACUGUGUGAGCAGGUGAAGGACAGCUGUGCCCCAGUCAUGUCUGCAUUUGGCUUCCCAUGGCCAGAUAUGCUGGACUGUGCCCGCUUUCCCCAGGAUAAUGACCUGUGCAUCCCACCUGCCAACAGUGACUACAUGCCAGCCACCAUAGAAGCGCCAAAAGUUUGUGACGCCUGUAAAACCGGCACCGAGGAUGACAAUGACAUCGUGGAGAAUCUCUGCAAGAAUGAUUUCGCUCUGAAGAUAAAAGUGAAGGAGAUUGCCUACAUCAAUGGGGACACCAAGAUCAUCCCAGAAACAAAGAGCAAAACCAUUUACAAACUCAAUGGGAUAACCGACAGAGAUUUGAAGAAGACUGUGCUGUGGCUUAAAGAUGGCCUGCAGUGUACCUGCGACGAGAUGAAUGACAUUAAUGCCCCCUAUUUAGUGAUGGGACAAAAGCUUGGAGGGGAGCUGGUCAUCACCUCAGUCAAGCGGUGGCAGAAAGGCCAACGGGAGUUUAAAAGGAUCUCUCGCAGCAUCCGCAAGCUGCAGUGCUAGUUCCUCCGUUAUUAACUCUUUCAGCACUGGGGCUAGUCUUUUUUGCACCUUCCUCCCUGUUUUUUUAGGGACCCAUCCUUUCUGAAAUAUAAAAAAAAAAAAAGGGCUGGGGCAAUGGCUUUUUUUUUUAUGACGACGAGUAUUAUUAUUUUUAUUAUAAUUAUUAUUAUUAUUGAAUAAAAACUUGUAAAUAAUAUGAAAACUGAAAAAAAAAAAAAAUCAAAACUAUUUUUUAUGAUGGCCAUGAAUUAAAAUGUAGAAAAAUAUUUACUGGAUGCAAAUUAUGUUGACUGUUCCCACAUAUUUUAUUUUGUUGUUAGUGUUGUAUUUUAUAUGUGACAGGAUUGUUUAGAACUUGCUGAACUUAGAGUGAAAUAUUUGUAGAAUUGUUGAGUUUGCAUCACAAAUAUACUUCAAAAUAUUAUCAGGUUUUUUUUUUUUCAUUUGUUUUCCUACCAACAGAUGUUUAAAAAUGUCUUCACUGUAUACUAAGAAGUGUUAUCUGGGUUCACACUGUAUCACCCAGCAGGUACAUUUUGAGAAAAAUUGGGAAAUUACUUUCUGAACAAUCAGACAAGACCAUGGUACAUGGUUAGGCUGGGUUCACACGGCCGUCUAGACCUUUCCCGUUCUCCUCCCAUCAAAAAUAAAAAACUGAAUUUAAAAAAAAACGGACAAUAAUGGAUGCAAACGGAUGUUAUCAGUUUGGAUCUAUUAUUGUUCAGUUAAUAAACCCUCCAAAUUUUUUUUUUCUGAGCAUGCUCAGAAGUAAAAACGUAUUGAAAAAACGGAUGACAUUAAAGGCUCAUCCGUUUUCCAAAGACUUCAAUGUUAAUUCUACUGUAACCAUUUUUUCUUCCGUUUUUUUUUGAUGGAAGAAUAAAUACUAAGUGAUCCAGCACUUGGAAAACAGCAGGCUUUGUUUUGUAAUCCUCUUAA